AUGGGGCCGCGGCCCACACUUGGGCCGCGAGCGCCACCUAGAGGGCCGCAAAAAACUUUCCGUUUUGCACCUGUGGGCCGCGGGGGCCGCGGCACCGCACCGCAAACCGCAGGUUAUCCAUCAGAUGCUCAGUUACAAUACCGCUUCCCACCACUUGGUGGCGGUCAAAAGCUCAGUGGCAAGUCUUUUCAUACAGUGUCAGGAAGAAUCUAUUGUGAGGACGACUUUUUGUACUCCGGAGUGCAUCCAUCCCCGGAGGUGUGUCACAGCUGUGGGUGUUUAAUCACAGACUUGGUCUUGCAGGCUCGUGGGAAGUCAUACCACCCAUCCUGCUUCUGCCGUGUGGUCUGCAGACGGAGCCUGGAGGGUCAGCCCUUCUCUGUGGACGCUGACAGCAGAGUGUACUGCGUCACAGACUACCACAAGGUUCAAGCUCGUGUGUGUGCAGCGUGCAGAGAGCCCAUACUGCCAACGGAGGGGUCUGCAGAGUCUAUUCGAGUGGUUUCAUAUGACAGAAGUUAUCAUGUAGAGUGCUACAGUGGAGAGGUUAACCUCAUCUGA